CUCUGUAAAUUCUAAGCUCAGGACCAACGCAAUCCUAGUCUGAAACCACUAUCUAUCCUUUGCAUGGGGCCGCGAUCCUCCCAUCCCAGAGAAAGAGAGAUACACAUUCUGGCUUAGUUGCUUAUUCUCCUUCCUUGCCUACUGUAGCUUACUUGGAUCGGGUUCCGGUACGAAGCCAACCAGGAGGGGUUUAGCUGCCUAUUUUCUUGCCUGCGUCACUUUGUCUGACACAGCGGACGGGCACUUAGAAAAGCUCCUGUGUGAAGUGUUACUGGCUGUGUGAGGACGCCCCGACCGUAGAUAUGGAGCAACCAAGUGGGCAUCGAUGUUGGAUAUUACAGCGUACCCAAGGAAAAUGGAUCUACCGGUUCAGCCACUUUGUAACCGAGCCAGGUAUUCAGCAUUUAUGUAUGUGGAUGGUGAAAAGAAAUUACUUUGUAGUCAAGUGACAAACGGUCGCUGCCUAUUGAGGAGGAGAAGGAGGAGGAAGAAGAAAUCACUACUACUACUUAGCUACCAGACUAGAGGUGGGGGGUACAGUAACAAACCCGAUAUGCAAGUAAGUUUAAUCGAAACCAACUUGCUUAGGCAGUGACAAAUCAUGCGGUCGCAUCUCCAGCUCCUUCCACGGUUAGGAAAACCUCGUGUCAUGGCACAGGCACGCCCUACAAUUGGAUGCUCGUCUGGGCCGCUGCCAUACAAGCUUUGCACUAUCAUAAACAAACC